AUGACAGGUACCGAAUCACAUUCAUUGAAACGUGAUGUGUUUCUGAGUUUCAGAGGUGAGGACACCCGCACCCGAUUCACAGACCAUCUGUACCAUGCUCUGCAUCAGAAAGCAAUCGACACCUUCAGCGAUAAUGACGGCCUUGAGAGGGGAGAAGCCGUUUGGCCAGGACUCAAGAUGGGGAUUCAAGAAUCGAGAUUUGCAAUCGUCGUCCUUUCGGAGAAGUAUGCUACCUCAUCUUGGUGCUUGAAGGAAGUUGCAAAGAUUGUCAAAUAUUGCGAUCUAGAUCGGCGACGGACUGUUAUUCCAGUUUUCUACCAUGUCCAACCAAAUCAUGUGAGAAAUCAGAGUGGGACAUUUGGGGAGCCCUUUACUGGUGCGCAUAAAGACCAGAAUGUGGAUACGGUUAACAAAUGGAGGAAUGCUUUGACUCGAGUGGCCGAUAUUGAACCACGCUGGGAAUUGAAACAAGGCCGGCAUGAAUCAGAUGUUAUACAGGAAAUUGUUAAUAAGAUUUUCAAAGAACUGUAUGAAAGAGCCUCGAAGGACUUGGUUGGCAUGGAUUCUCGUAUAAAGAAAAUUCAGUCGCUAGUGGAUGAAUGCCCGUCCGAUGAUGUUUGCACCAUAGGGAUAUGGGGCAUGGGGGGAAUUGGUAAAACAACUCUAGCUCGUCGGUUUUUUCAAGGCAUGUUUGACAAAUUUGAAGCUAGCGCUUUCAUUGGCAAUGUGAGAGAGGAACAUGAAAAAAAUGGCAUGGUUCACUUGCAAAAGCGUCCUCUCAAAAUCUUAUUGAAUGACGAUGAAGGCAUACAUGAACAUGAUGAUGAUAUGGUAACCAAUAUAUUAAGCCAAAGAUUGCGUUUCAAAAAGGUGUUUAUCAUUCCAGAUGAUGUCGAUAAACCGGAGCAAAUAGCAAGUUUAGUUGGAAAUUGGAAAAAUCACUAUGACUGGCUUGGUCGAGGGAGCAAAGUCAUUGUGACAACCAGAGAUAAGCAUUUGGUGAUGAAUUAUGGACAGCAUUACAUAUAUAAGGUUGAUAAGCUAGAUGAUGAUGAAGCUCUAGAACUCUUACAUCAAAGAGCCUUUGACAAAAAUGAUGAUUUAGACAAGUAUAGAGAGCUGCCCAUCCAAGUAGUAGAAUAUGCUAAUGGUCAUCCUUUAACUCUCGAAGUUUUGAGUCCCUACUUGAAACGGAAAACCGUAGAUGCAUGGUCAAACAUAUUGGCUGAACUGAAUAAACAUCCCAAUGAUGAACCAAUUCAUCGAACGCUUCAAGUAAGUUAUUAUGGAUUAGACAAAAGGGAGAAGAAAAUAUUUUUAGACAUAGCAUGUUUCUUCAAAGGAGAGGAUCUAUCCCGCGUGAAAAAGAUAUUAGAUUGUUAUAGGUUUCAUCCUACAAUUGGUGUAAAAGUGCUUAUGGAAAAAUGCUUUAUAACCAUUGCAAGUGACAAGCUAUGGAUGCAUGAUUUGCUACAAGAAUUUGGUCAGGAGAUUGUUUAUCAAGAAUCCAUAGACAUGUUGGGCAAACGUAGUAGGCUCUGGAAUCAUAAGGAUGCCCGUUAUGUACUUGAAAACUAUGAGGGAACAAAAGCUGUUAAAGGCAUAUUCCUUAAUUUGCCUGAAAAUGAAGAACUGCAGUUGAGUGAGGAGAAGAAGAUGUUAGAAAUGAAAAGGAUACGGUUGUUGAAGAUUCAUAAUCUUUCUUUGGAGACGUUAAUAUUGCUCGAUCUUAGCAAUUGUGAGUACUUGGUCGAACCCUCUGACUUCAGUAGGGUCCCUAAUCUUGAGAGACUGAUCCUUAAAGGUUGUAAAAGGUUAUCAAAAAUUCAUCCACCUAUCAAAAAGCUCAAACAGCUCAUGUUGUUGAACUUGAAAGGUUGUGAAUCUCUUGACAGUCUUCCCCAAGGCAUCUGCUUCAACUCUCUUGAGACUAUUAUUCUUUCUGGAUGUACAAAACUUGAUAGAUUUCCAGAGAUUGUGGGAAAAAUGAGUCAUUUGUCACAACUUUAUUUGGAUGGGACGGCUAUCAAAGGGCUGCCAACAUUAGCAAAGCACUUAAGAAGCCUUAUUUUAUUGGAUCUUAGAGACUGCAAGAACCUUUUGAGUCUUCUAGAUUUCAUUUGCAGUUUCACAUCUCUGGAAAUUGCUAGAAAACAUAGGGAGCUUGGAAAAAUUGGAGAAACUCGAUGCAUCAAACUUGGAUCAUUGCCAAAACUUCCAUUGAAUGUGAAACAUGUACAGGCACAUGAUUGUCCUAUACUGAAAGAUAAAAUGACAAUAUGGCCUUCUGAUAAGGGAUUCAGCUUUAUAAAUUGUCGUAAAUCAGUCAAGGCUGAAGGAUGUCUUACACACCACCCUCUUCCAAUGCCCGAAGAACAUAUCCCCACACUCUUUCCUAAAUUCAUUCAGGAUAAAAUCUUUUAUGGAGGAAACUUGGAACUUCGUUUUCCUUGUGCGAGAAUUCCAGAUUGGUGCAUACAUUUGAGUUCUGGGUCUUCUAAAAGGAUCGGACUACCUGAAAAAGACAGUGGUGAAACGUGGCUUGGAUUUGCCCUAUUUGUUGUUUUUCUAAUCAAGAAACAAGAAACUUUCAUGACGGUCGGUACAAUACUUUCUGUGACUUUUACACUGGUCAAGGUUGUCUUAAAAAUCCCCUUGAGAUAG